GGGGCACAGUGGGGCCUGGGCCUCUGGCCCCACUCCUCUCAUCUUGCGUUUCCCUAGUAGCUGGGCCGGCCACCGUUAAAGGCUUGGUCGCUGCAGCUGGGGUCGGGUUCUUGCAUCUCCUGCCCUGGGCCCCUGCCCCGUGGAAAUCCAGAGGAGGCCACCAGUUGCUGGUUGAGAAGACGACAGACUCACCGGCGGCCGAGUUCUCGCUGGUGGAGGACGUGGCAUUGCACUUUGCCUGCUUGAUGGGCCGCCUGAAUGAGCAGCGCCUCUUCCAGCCUGACCUCUGCGACGUGGACCUGGUGCUGGUGCCCCAGCGCAGCGUCUUCCCGGCACACAAGGGCGUGCUGGCUGCCUACAGCCAGUUCUUCCACUCCCUCUUCACCCAGAACAAGCAGCUGCAGCGCGUGGAGCUGUCCCUGGAGGCGCUGGCGCCCGGCGGCCUGCAGCAGAUCCUCAACUUCAUCUAUACAUCCAAGCUGCUGGUCAACGCGGCCAACGUCCACGAGGUGCUCAGCGCCGCCUCAUUGCUGCAGAUGGCUGACAUCGCCGCGUCCUGCCAGGAGCUGCUGGAUGCCCGCUCCCUAGGCCCCCCGGGCCCCAGCGCUGUGGCCCUGGCCCAGCCGGCCACUGGCUGCGCCCCGGCCGCACCACCCUACUACUGUGACAUCAAGCAGGAGGCAGACGCCCCAGGUCUGCCCAAGAUCUAUGCCCGCGAGGGCCCUGACCCCUACUCUGUGCGUGUCGAGGACGGGGCAGGGGCCGCAGGUGGCACGGUGCCUGCUGCCAUUGGGCCAGCCCAGCCCUUCUUCAAGGAGGAGAAGGAGGGCGGUGUCGAAGAGGCCGGUGGGCCCCCUGGCAGCCUGUGCAAGCUGGAGGGCGGGGAGGGGCUGGAGGAAGAGCUAGGGGGUUCUGGCACCUAUAGCCGCCGGGAGCAGUCCCAGAUCAUCGUGGAGGUGAACCUCAACAACCAGACUCUGCACGUGUCCACGGGGCCCGAGGGGAAGCCGGGCACCACCCCGGGCCCGGCCACCAUGGUGCUGGGGCGGGAAGACGGGCUGCAGAGACACUCGGAGGAGGAGGAGGAGGAAGAGGAGGAAGAGGAGGAGGAGGAGGAGGAAGAGGAAGAGGAGGGUGGUGGCAGUGGAGGGGAGGAGGAGGAGGAGGAGGAAGAGGAAGAGGAGGGUGGCAGUCAGGGAGAGGAGGAAGAUGAGGAGGAAGGGCACAGCGAGCAGGAGGAGGAAGAGGAGGAAGAAGAGGAAGGGCACAGUGAACAGGAUCAAGAGAGCUCAGAGGAGGAGGAGGAGGAGGAGGAGGGGGAGGCCGGAGGCAGGCAGGGGCCGGCGGGGCGUCGGGGCAGCAGGGCAGAGCCCCCUCCCCACGGUCGCAUGGCCACUCGGUCCCGAGAGAACGCCCGGCGCCGGGGCCCCCCUGAGCCUGAGGAGACCAGGCCACGGGGUGGGAAGAGGCCCAAGCCCGCGCCGGGAGCCUCUGUGCCGGCCCGAGGGCCACAGGCCACUGACGGGCUGGGGGCCAAGGUGAAGCUGGAAGAGAAGCAGCACCACCCAUGCCAGAAGUGCCCUCGCGUCUUCAACAACCGCUGGUACCUGGAGAAGCACAUGAACGUGACCCACAGCCGCAUGCAGAUCUGCGACCAGUGCGGCAAGCGCUUCCUGCUGGAGAGCGAGCUGCUGCUGCACCGGCAGACAGACUGCGAGCGCAACAUCCAGUGUGUGACCUGUGGUAAAGCUUUUAAGAAGCUCUGGUCCCUCCACGAGCACAACAAGAUCGUGCAUGGCUAUGCGGAGAAGAAGUUCUCCUGUGAGAUCUGCGAGAAGAAGUUCUACACCAUGGCCCACGUGCGCAAGCACAUGGUUGCCCACACCAAGGACAUGCCCUUCACCUGUGAGACCUGCGGGAAGUCCUUCAAACGAAGCAUGUCUCUCAAAGUGCACUCACUGCAGCACUCUGGGGAGAAACCCUUCAGAUGCGAGAACUGCAAUGAGCGCUUCCAGUACAAGUACCAGCUGCGGUCACACAUGAGCAUCCACAUCGGCCACAAGCAGUUCAUGUGCCAGUGGUGUGGCAAGGACUUCAACAUGAAGCAGUACUUCGACGAGCACAUGAAGACCCAUACAGGGGAGAAGCCAUACAUCUGCGAGAUCUGCGGCAAGAGCUUCACCAGCCGACCCAACAUGAAGCGGCACCGGCGCACGCACACCGGCGAGAAGCCUUACCCCUGCGAUGUCUGCGGCCAGCGCUUCCGCUUCUCCAACAUGCUCAAGGCCCACAAGGAGAAAUGCUUCCGCGUCAGUCACCCCUUGGCCAGCGACGGCCCCCCUUCUGCCCCAGGCCUGUCCCCCACCCAGCCUCCGGCUCACGCACUGCCCCUGCUCCCGGGGCUGCCCCAGACCCUGCCGCCCCCGCCCCACCUGCCGCCCCCACCGCCACUCUUCCCCACCACUGCCAACUCCGGCGGGAGGAUGAGCGCCAACAACUGACUGCCGAACCGCGCGUGCGCGGGGCCUGGAGCCCGGGGGGGCGGCGCCUCUGGGAGGGACCCCCCCCCCCACCCCGCCCUCUCGUCUUUCCUGUGGGAGGGCAGCAGCACUGGCCUGGCGCUGCCGCCCUCACCUCCAGAGGCGGCCGGACACCUGCUGCUCAAGGCCCCUGGCCCUGGGAGUGUUGCAGGCUGGUGGCCCCAGCGUGGGGGAAGGACACCUCACUCCCAAGGGCCCCCCCCCCCCUUCAGUGACUCCUUGAAGCCUUUACUUUUUUUUUCUUGGAAGUGAAGGAAAAAGAAAAGAGAGGAAACUAUUUCCAGCACCGCCCUCCAGGUGAGGGGGGUGCUGGAGCAGCAGGUACAGCAGGGAGGGAGGGGCUGGGGAGCAGGUGUGACGGGUCACUCUGCUGAUGCCUAAGCCGGAGGGGGGUUGGCCAAGCCAAGCCUGGGUCAGCUUCGGUGGCUCAUCUCUGCCGCCCUUGUGCACCCUAACUUGCCCCCUCAUCCUGGGGAGUCUGGGGAAGAGUUGGAGUGCCAGCCACCCCCCACCCCCGGAAGGAGUCGUGGACCCAGUCUGAGGGCUGUGGACACUGAGGCACAGAGCUUGAGUCUGGAUGCCUGUGAGCGUGUUGUGGAGGGAGUGGCGGAGUGUGAAGGCUGCAGACCCAGCUUUGCACCGUGUGCAGUGGGGUAGGCAGGGGCUGGACCCCAGGCAUUUGCUCUCCCGCCCACCACCCUGGCAGCAGGCACAGGGACCCUGAGCUGUACCAGGCUGCAUUGAGGUCCCUGAGUCCAGGAGAGGACAUCCCCAGAAGCCGCUGGGCCUCAGGGGGCUGGGGGCUAGGCCCUGGGUGGGCAGACGGGCUGGCUCCCGCAGUGCCAGAUCCCAAGGGCUGCAGUCGAAGUCCCUGCAAAUGGGUGAACACCAGGGGCAGGGCCCUGAGAAGGAGGCAUAGACAAAAUGUUUUAAGGUUUCAAGGUGCUAUCAGUGGGGCAGGGGGCAGGGCUGCUGUUCACAGAGCACCCCGUCCCUCACCAGCUGCCCUGGUCGUCUCUCCCACACCAGAGAUGUGUGUGUGUCUGUCCCCAUCCCUGCUCUGAAGGCAGAGGCCUCAUCUUCCUAGGUCUGGCCACAACCCGGCAUCCCUGUCCCUCCUGGGCCUCUGCGGUGUGGGCAGGGCACCUGUAGCACUGUGGGCGAGAGGAGCCUGCACAUUCAGGCCCCAGGGUGGGGGCAGGAGUUCUGGGGAAGCCCCAGCCUGUGCCCAAUGCUUGCCCCCACGAGGCUGGCACUAAUAGGACACCCUUUUUUGUUGUCAUUUAACGUCUUUAUUCCUGCCUUUAAAAUGGGGAGGAAGGUUCCAUAAGCUACAUGUUUCCUAGUUAAGCUCUUUCCCUUUGUGUUUAUACGGUUUUGUUUGUUAUACUCUGCACCUUAAACCCCCACGACUACCCCCACACCACCACCUUCCCAAGCAUGGCUGGAGUGGGUAAGCCCAAAGGGGGACAGGGGCAGGGGGCAGGGGGGGAGUGGGCCCCAUCAGCCCAAGGGCUGAGGGGGUUGGAACCCCUCUGACCUCCUUGUGAGGCCCAUGGCGCUGGGGUGGGGGCUGGGGACAUUUUAAUCAUCAAUAAACGAAGCACUUUAUUCUGUACAGAUGUGGGCAGCUCCAAGAAGCCCGAGUGAUUUGAGGAUUCGUAAUCCAAGCUACACAGCCCUGAUUGUUCUCUGGGCACAGAGCGGGCAGUGCCCUGGCCUAGUUGCAUUUGGGGCCGUGGCAGUAGUGCAAGCCAGAGCCUACAGACAUGCCCUCAGACACCUCUGCUGUCCUCUGGAGAGAGAAGGUGGGCCCCUCACUGAGGGAGGAAGGCUCCCUGUCAGGCUCCCAAUCGUGUAGCUCCCUUACCCCAAGGCUGAGGGUUCCAGGCUCCUGCUUUAUUAUAGCUCCCUCUCCUCUACCCCUUGAUCUCUGGGCUUCCAUGACGUCCUCAGGGUCUCCCCCCCCCCCUUCUGUUUCCUCCUCUUCCUUGCUAUUUCUAACCUCUGGACCCAGUGCCUGGCAGCUCUUCAGAGCUGGCUCAUGUUUUCCCCAAAAAAGUUGAUCUCCCCCAAUGUGCUGUAGGUCGGGACCCCUUUGGGUUCCCCCAACCCCCCGUCGCUGACACCAGGGUCUCCCAUGGGGACUGGUGGUCUUGUCACCAGCUAGCCCCACUACAGCUUUAGUGAGUGAGCUGGGUGGGGAGAGGGCGGGGGGGAUGCGGGGGCUGGCCAGAUCAGGUCCCCGUGAGGCCACACUUUGAUAAGCAGAGGCUGGAGAUGGCUGUUGUGGGGGGAGCUGGUGUUGAAACCCUGUCCCAGGAUUUGGGUUUCCUGUUCUCAUACACCUCUCCUCUGAGGGUGGGGAUCCAGACAGCAGGCAGCCUGGGCUCUGGUCAAAAUGGUCCUUGUAGCUGUGGGUGGGCAUGGCCAAGCCCUCUCUUGGGAGGCCCCUGUCCCAGUGGGGUCAGGAGUCCUGGUCCCUGGUGCUAAAUGCUCUCUUCCCCUCAGGCCAGUGUGGGUGGGAGCUCCUUUCCAGCCAGAUCACAAGGGUCUGAAGCAAUAAUGGAACCUCAGCAGUGCCAGUAUGGGUAGGGGUUCUUGUUUUACCAGCUUUUCCUUUUCCUUUUUAUUUUUAAGACAUUAACAAGCACCUGGAUAUUGGAGUAAGGGGACUGGGGCGUCAUACCCACUUCCCAGGGCCUGUGGGGAAGGGGGCAGGGGAUCAUCACAUCCCACUAGAGAUGUACAGGGCGGAGGGGGUGGGGGGGUGCCCCUCAGUCCAGAUGGACUUCUCAGCCCAUUUGUCCAGAACUUGGGUCUGGAACCUGGGCCUGCCCCCUCCCCAGCUCCCCCUGGGCUCCCUGGUCUUGGGCCAGCUGGAGGUGAGCAGAGAGAUGAGGUGGGCCUCAAGCCCCCUGACCACAGGCUGGAGUUAGAGCCUCAGCCUCUGAACUUGGCAGGUGCUGCCACUGCACUCCUCAUUGGGGGCCCAGAGGUAGCUGUGUCAGGUGUGUGUGUGGACCCUUGGUGUCUGGGGCCCGAGUGCGUGGGGGAUAGCAGGAGGGUGAGGACAAGAGUGAAGGGGAAUAAAGUCAGUACAACUGUCCCUUGGCCCAGCCUCUUCUUUACAUGUUCCCCGCCCUGACUACUGGCUGGAAAGACCCAGACCAGAGCAAGGGCAGCACGGAGCCUGGCCGCUCAGCCGCAGACCGCACGGAUAGCUGUACCCUGGAGCAGCUGCAGACCCUGUGUCUCUCCCUUAAGGGCGGGCUGGGCUUUACGAACACCCAGAGUCAGGAGCUGAGGCAAGAGCAGAGAUGUGCCCCCAAACUGGUGUUUGGUCUUGAGCUGGAUGCAGAAGGGGAUGGAGAGAGGAGAGGUCUCGGGGUAACUGAUGCCGAGGCUCCCAAAGGAGUGCCCACAGGAGGCCAGGCCCCCUCCCGUAUGGUUCUGCGUGAGCCCCAGGACAGCAGGGACAACUCCGGCUCAUGUGCGCAACACUUGGCAGGCAAGGGUGGUUUGAAGGAGCCAGCUGUCAGAGAUGCUGACGUGGGCACCAGGAAGACGGCUAGUGGCCUCCAAGGAGGGAACAGAUGGCUUUCUCUGGGGACCUCUAAGAAUUAUUAAUAUCAUUGCACAGGUAAUAUACAGAGCCCUGGCUCUGCGCCAGGUGGAACUCUAGGUCCUGGGGGGACACGGCGAACAAGGCCCCUGUGUUUGUGGCAACUGGCUCAGGAUACGGGAGGAGGGGUCUGACCCUGAGCAGCUGGGUGAAUUCAUGAACCAGAGAGGAGGUGCAGGUUCUGACAGGCAGAGGCUGGAGAUGGGCGUGGGGGAGCUGGUGGUGAAACCUGUCCCAGGACGUGGGUUUCCUGUUCUUACGCACCUCCCUUCGAGGGCAGGUCCAAAGAGCAGGUCCCAGAAUUUGGGGGCCGGUACCUUUCCGCACAGCCCUCCUUCUUUGAGCAAAAGGAACAGGCUCACUUAGGUCGCCCUGAAAAUGAGGCUUGCUGAUGAGGUCGAGCUGAAAAUGAGGGCCUGGCUGCUCCCCUGCUCUCUUGGUAUUCUGCCUCUCUGGUUCUGCUCUCCACCCCCUCUUGUUCCCCAUCUGUGUGCCUGAUGCCUCUCUGCACAUCUCUUCCUUCAGCCCCACCGCCAACCCCCUCAUUCUCAUACCAUUUCCAACUUCACAUUCUGUCCAGAGCUGCUCAGGCAUGAGUCACGCUGGGCUCGGAGGAGGACGUUGGGUGGCGGAGGGCACCAUGGCUGGCAUCUCUGGAGCACUCAUUCUUCCCCAGUUUUGCUCUUUGGGACCAAACUGCUCAUUAACACAUCGCGUCCUGGAGUGCAGGAGUAUUUAUACCCUAGUUGCAAGGGAGGCUGGGAAGGUGAGCAUGUCUGGUACUUCAGGCAGGUAGGACUCACAAUCAGAAAACGGCUGUCCAAACACGCUGGGUGGCCACAAAGGGUCCCUCUCCCACCCCGAUUCCUGGUCCUGGGACCCAGCCAUCCUGAGAGAAACCACGGCCCACGCA